UUCAAUAUGGAGGACACUUUCGAGUUUGUAGGCUAUGUUGAAUUGUAGAAGAAGACAUUUCGCUUUCAACCGUGGUCCUGCAUUUCAGAUAAAUGGCAGGAACAUACCGGUGAUGAUACUGAAAAUUUAGAGAGAAUAAGAAGAAAAAAAUGGAGAAUGGAAUCGAAGUGAAGAAGUGUGGAGUUAAGUUUGACCCACCCUGCAUUGUUGUCAGCUACGAAAAAGAUGGUAAACUUCGACGGAGAUCCAUGCCACUGAGAAAUUUCACUAAGAACUCGGACAUUGACAGGGCAGCUGAAGAACUGUUAAAGAAUCCCCGCCACUCAAAGUAUGUCCAUUGUCUCCCAAAAAGCCAGCUGGAGCGUCUCAUUACCAUCAUCAGUGAUAAAAUGAAGGGAAUGAGUCUUGAAGCUAGCCUCGCUCGUAAUGCUGAGCUUGAUAAAUUAGAUCCUGAAGAAGACUUGAAUAAGGUUGACCCUGAAACACUUACACGAAAGAAGGCCGUUAUGGAGGGUACGUUUGAGAAGAAUCGUGUAAAACCAGGAGACCAGGGAUUUGAGUAUGACAAGGAAGUGAGCUUUGAUGACGCUGUAGAAUCAUGUGAAUGGGACGAUGCGUCAGAGGACGAAAGUUUUUAAGUUGUAGAUUUGACUGAAAAUUCUCACUUAUUGCAGACCUUUAGAUCUAGAGAGAGAUUUGUAGGCAUUCUCAAUAUUAAAUCAGCAUGGGUCUGACAUGUACUAAAAUGUGGGCAGACUGUGAUUCUUUAUAUGUUUGAUAAAUGUGUCUCUACCUACUUUAUUGAUGUAUUUAGAGAUGGUGAAUGUUGGGAGUUAAACUGUCAUCAAAUAGAAACAAAAAAGAUCUUUGUCUUAAAUAGUUGAAAGUAAUAUAUUUUCUAAUUAAUUUGUAAUUAUAUAGAUGAUCAGAAAAUUUAAAUUUUAGGAUGGCCUCAGUUUUUGUGCCAUUUUCUAAUAAAGUAGAAAAUCCAACUGACCAACAAAAUUUGAAAUUAGUUCUCUUAACCCUUUCACCCCUAUGUUACUUUAGUAGACUCUACCAUGCAUUGAUAUGGAAGGGCCCAUUAUGGUCUACAGGGGUGAAAGGGUUAAAGUAAAAUAGCCAGUAAAACAAAUUUAAGUUUUUUUUUUUUUUUUAGUAAUUAUAUAUGUAUGUAUCAAGGAAACCUUAUUGUUCAAUAGUCAUACAGCGAUAAUGUUAUGUAUAGAAAAAGGGAUAAAUGUUGUGAUGAGCCAAAGCUGCCAUACAUCUGCACAAAACACAUAUUUCUCACACUGGUACAUGCAAUUGUAUAAUAAAUUGUAGAAAAUCACUUUUGCUGUUAUUACAAAGAUGAUAAAAUGGUCGGGUGUAUGCUAGUAAUGGUUUUAUUUGCCAUUUUGAGGGAACAAAUAAUUAAUAUCAAAAGACAUAUUUUUAAAUAUUUUUUCCCUAGUAGAAGUGACAUCACAGUACACUCUUGGUGGUCAGGAUUUUUAGGUCACCUGCGACAUUGUUAGAAAUUUUACACAUACUACCAUUGGUGCAACAUUAAUGUAAUAAGAAAUCAUGUACAUCUCUAUUUUUUAUUUAUUCACUUGUUGCUAGCAUGUUUAAUUCAUGUAUUUCAUUGAUAGUUGAUUUUAAUGAGGUAUAUAUAGAUUAAUAUUAGUUUUCUCAUGCAAAACUUAUUAUUAUUUUGUAAUAGAGGUCAUUAUUUUUUCAUUGCCUCCAUGGGGAGUUGAACCAGGGACCUCUGGUUUAUUAGUCUUGUGCUCUACCCAAUGAGCUAAAGAGAAAUACUCCCUGGCUGAGUCUGUAGGAAGCAGCUCGUAUAUUGUACCAGGGUGACAUUUUUUUUUAGUGAGAAGUGUAAUACAUAUCUCACACUAAUGGUAUCAUAUUGUGAGAAAUGUAAUACAUAUCUCACACUAAUGGUAUCAUAUUGUGAGAAGUGUAAUACAUAUCUCACACUAACACACUAAUGGUACCAUAUUGUGAGAAGUGUGAUACAUAUCUCACACUAAGACACUAAUGAUGUUAUAUUGUGAGAAGUGUAAUACAUAUCUCACACUAAGACACUAACGAUGUUAUAUUGUGAGAAGUGUAAUACAUAUCUCAUGCUAAGACACUAACGAUGUUAUAUUGUGAGAAGUUUAAUACAUAUCUCACACUAAGACACUAACGAUGUUAUAAUGUGAGAAGUGUAAUACAUAUCUCACACUAAGACACUAACGAUGUUAUAUUGUGAGAAGUGUAAUACAUAUCUCACAAUAAGACACUAACAAUGUUAUAUUGUGAGAAGUGUAUUACACAUCUCACAAUAAAUCAAUAGAAUAUUGUGUAUCAUUUCAUAUCUCAAAAAAGAAGACUUGUAUAAAUAUUCAAUGUCAAGGUUGUUCACGGUUUCCUGCAAACUUCAGGGUCUGAACAAUUGGGUUUGGGUCUUGCAAGGUUUACUUGACAAGAAAUGUUACGGCCAGUUUUCAGUUAAUUUUAUAAGAUUGGUUUUUGUGAUAAAAAUUGUUGAGAUUUAAGGUAACAAAAGUAGACAAUGUAGACUUUGUUUUCCUAUUUACAUCAUGAAAUGUUAAGACUGUUCCUAGUGAUAACAUGCAUAUGUAUCUCAACUUUAUAUCCAUGUCAGUAUAUCCAGGGCAUUCCCAAGAAGUUCUAAACAAAAAUGACCAUGUACUUCCUGAACGGGGAAAUCUCGAUUUAAGUGUUCACCUGUAUAGGAAAGUGUUAUUCUGUUAAAGAUUGUAAUAUUUGUACAUUGUGUCAAAUCAUUUUAACAUUGCAAUAUUGCAAUUGGAAGCAAUAAAUUGAUAUUUCUGAACAUUUGAAAAAAUGUUUUCACCAUUAUAAAUCCUUAACAAGCAUUGUUUCUGGUCUUAAUUGACUCUACCCAUUUUUUUUGCCUCGCCAACAUGACUGGUUUUGUUCAAUUCAUGGCUUGCGUGAAAUUCUUUUCUUGGUCAAGUUUUAACUGUUUUAAUAUAGCCUUGAGUCAAAGCACUGACUAUAUAUAUGUAUGUAUUUGUACCAGAUAUUUUUCUUUUUCAUUUUUUUAUUCAACUUAACCUAAAAUGAAAAAAAAACUCUGUCUGACUAAUGUGUGAUUAAAACUUGGUUUAAAUUUCAAAAAAACACAACACUCUCCAUGUCUGAUUGCAUUUUGUAGCUAGGUAGAUUAACUGAUUUUUUUAAAUCUUCAUAGGAACUGGUAGAUAUUAUAAUGUCUGUGUAUUUAUUGUUUUAGAAAUUAAUCAGAUUGAUAUUUCAAGACAUAUAUAUUAAUAUGAACAUUUUCAUAUCCUUUAAUUUUUUUACUCCAAUUAUAUUCAAUUUUAUUUUUAUUUCUACUAGUGAAGUGUGUUUCUAAUCCAUUUAAACGUAUCCUAGUAUUAUAUUUUACAUCUUUCUUUAAUUUAUUAACCUCUCACUCAUUUAGAUUCCUGUUAUCCCAUUGGAACAUGCAUGUAAAGAGUUGACAUGAUAAAUUCAAUACUCUGUAACACUGACCGAAUACAAAACUCUCCGAUGAUUGUGAUGUCAGAAAACAGAGUUUGAUUAUUUUGAACAACAAUUCCACCCACUACAAUUUUAUUGCAACUUAUAUGGGCCAGUACAGGAUUGUUUUAUCUGUGUCUGCUUAGAGGACAGUGAAGAAACUAAAACCAGUUUGCUGCCCCUAUUGAAACACUUUGGAUUAAUAGAAUCUUUCACCCCCUUGGGGUUGAGACGGGGUAAUCUCAACCCGAGGGGUAAGAUUCUU